UAAUCCAAGGGAAAAAACUCACAAACUGAUUACCAUAUAAUCUCGCUGCGAUAGCAGUUUCGUUCUUCCCGUACGGUUCGUGUCGAGUCAUAUAAGUUGAGUGCGUGAAGAUAAGAUAUUUCGUGUAAUGUGUGUAAUUUUAUCCGAGUUGUGAUUUAGAGACUUCCUUUGCAUUUAUGCGACGGGACGCGACGAAUGUCGUAUUGACGAGUGGAUGUUCUUUGACCCCGUUUCGGUGCUGCUAAAGUGAAAUCUUUGUUCGAGCAAGUCGUGUUGUGAGCUUUGUGUGUAGGAAACAAAAUUUUGGCAAAAUGCCGAUCCUGUACAGCGUCAUCACACGAGGGCCCACGGUGCUGGCCAAGUACGCCGAGUGCGUUGGGAACUUUGCCGAAGUGACGGAGCAGAUCAUACCGAAGAUCAAACUGGACGACCACAAGCUGACCUACUCGCAUGGGAACUAUCUGAUUCACUACAUCUGCGAGAAUCGGAUCAUCUACAUGUGCAUUACGGACGAUGGCUUCGAACGAUCACGGGCCUUCCUCUUCCUGACCGAAAUCAAGAAGAAGUUCAUCCAAACCUAUGGCCUGACGGUGGCGACUGCGAUCGCGUUCGCCAUGAACAGCGAGUUCUCCCGGACGUUGGCCCAGGACAUGAAACACUACAGCGAAUCUCGGGAUGUGGACGCCAUCAGCCAGGUGCACGGCCAAAUCGACGAACUGAAGGACAUCAUGGUGAAGAACAUCGAGAACAUCACGAACCGGGGCGAACGGCUGGAACUGCUCGUCAAUCAGACGGAGAAUUUGCGAAAUAAUUCAGUAACAUUCCGGCAGACGUCGCGCAACCUAGCUCGGACCAUGUUCUGGCGAUCGGUUCGAAUGUACUGCCUGAUUGCGGCGAUCCUUCUGUUUGUGAUCUACAUCGUCAUCAGCAUGUCCUGCGGAGGUCUCCUGUGGUCCAGUUGCAUACACAGCGGUAAGAAUGCGGCACCCGUGACGGUGGUACCUCCAACGUCGCCACCGGGCUUGGAUGGCGCUUAGAUGGACGUCGGCACCGAUGCGACGACGACUGUGGGAGGAAUGAAUGCGAUAAGCAUGUGAGUCAGUCCCCCGAAGGACGAAAAUUCUUCUUCAUGCGAUAAAAUUGGAAAAGACUUGAACAUAUUGGUGGGACGGCAGUUACGGCCGGUGGGAGGGUUUUCUAGCAAACUUUAGACCAGAAACGAAAUAUAAAUCAAAAUCCAUUUUUUUUUUUAAGUUCAGCAGUGAGUGCAGAUCUAUACCUUAAUUUUAUCUACUCGGAGUUGGAAGUAUACUGAACGCUCUGCGUUCCCGCUACACAUAGACAGGACUCGAACCAGUUUCCGAUUAUCUAUCCAAGCCUUGUUUCUCGUGAUUACAUUUAAUCUCUAGCUUAAUACCAAUACCUAGUAAUACAAAUCGUUAAACUUUAAAAA